GCACCGUAGCAUUCGUUGACGUUCCUUACUUUCGGAUCUGCAUUCGUUGUGUACCAAUCUAACCGCCCACAGCAUAUAAUCAUCAGCAUGAAGUGCGACGCCGUGAUCGAGAAAAUUAAGGCCCGCGUUGCCGCCAUCGACCCGAACGGACCCCGCAAGGUGCUCGGUGUGUUCCAGCUGAACAUUGAGGCCGCCGACGGUGUGCAUGAGAUCGUCGUUGAUCUGAAGGCUCUGAAGGUGUCGGACGGUAAGGCUGGUUCGCCCGAUGUGGUGAUCAACCUGAAGGAUGAGGACUUCAUCGCCGUCGGAACGAAGGAGAUCCCGGUCAAGGAUGCCGUCGCCCAGGGCAAGGUGACCAUGACGGGCGAUCAGAACCUCUUCCAGGCCCUGGUUGAUGCGAUCUAAACAGAAAGACAGAUGAUGACUGAUUUAUUAAUAAAAGCGAAAAACCUUCAUUCGGAA